AUGAUAAGUUUUCUUCUCAUCUUCUUAACUUAUAUUAACCAUCUCAAAUCCGAUCAAUAUAUUCCGUUUUUUGUGAUGAAACCCAAUACAAUUAUCAAUCAAACUUUACAUUCCUAUUGUAAAGAGCAGUAUGAAUUUCGAAAUCGACCGAUGUAUAUCAAUUUAACCGAAUGGCCAUCGGGUUUUAUUUACGGACACAAUCCUUACGAAACCAAUGAUUUUGAUUAUAAUACAGUUUAUGAAGAAUGUACGAUUGAGUUACGAGCAUCACUCACUGAUCAAAUUCGUUUGGUUUUCGAUUCCUUCGAGAAGAAUCUUUCGGAUGAUUAUGAUCAAGAUUAUAUGAUAUCUCUUCCAAAAUUGCCAUGCCUCCGAAUUCGAGAUAAUGAGAAAAUUAUCACAUAUGAUUGUUACGCUUCAUCGUUAUCAGUGAAAUCUUAUCAAUUUAAUGAAUAUAUCUCGUCGACGAAUAUUAUCUAUCUUGAACUUAUUCAACCACCGAUAUUGACAUUCAAUGAUUACGAUGAUGAUCAUUUCAAUCCUUAUGAAUUAAAAUUCUUCUUCACGAAGUUAUCACGAAAAACCAAUCAUGGACUUUGUCUAGAUGAACAUUUGAUCGAUUGUAAUGACUCUUAUUGCGUGCACGAGAAUGCCCUUUAUCAAUUUAUUCUCAGUCAUGUUCUUAUUUGUUAUAUAUAA